CUCCACGUCUCACCCAUCUACACAGUCAAAUGCACCGACCGAAGGCUCUCGCAGGCGAGAAAGGCACUCCUUCCGCAACAACCCCGACAAGGCUGUACAGCACGCCCGCGUCCGCCGACCGUCUACACAAGCCCUUCAAAUGCCCUGGCUCCGCGGCGUCGACGCGAACCUCAGAUAAACCUGCGAGAAAGAAGCGGAGAGUCAAUUAUGCGGGCGCAGAUGGCGAGAACGAAGAGGGCGAUAAGCCAUAUUCGAACAACGAACGGCUGGCCCUUGCCACUCGAGAUGUAAACAGAUUUCCGGUGUUCAAGCCCAAGGACAAAGAGUCCGCGUUUAAGUCAAGAUUCGUCGUCCCGCUGAAGAACAAAGACCCUGGAGGCUAUAACUCGUUCCGUCCAGCGCCGCUGCUGGGAAUGCGACAGGGAAGGGUAUUUGUCGCGCGGCCAUUACACGAUCCUAGUGGAGAGUUCGCUAUCGUGUUAUACGACCCUACAAUUGACGAUAAGCCGGUGCCGAAGGAAGAGGUGGAGCCGAAGCUAAGCCAAGAGGAGAAGAAAUGCUUAGACGUCCCGUUGGUACACAAGAGUCUGGCAGAUAUUUUGGGUCUGAAGAAGAAGGUUGACAAUGAACGGCCGAGGGUGCCGGUUGUCAUAGAUCCUAGAUUAUCCAAGGUCCUCCGUCCGCAUCAGGUUGAGGGCGUCAAGUUUCUGUAUCGCGCUACGACAGGUUUGAUUGAUCCCAAAGCGAACGGUUGCAUCAUGGCAGAUGAAAUGGGUCUGGGCAAGACACUGCAGUGCAUCACGCUGAUGUGGACACUACUCAAGCAAUCUCCCGAAGCUGGAAAGUCGACCAUCCAGAAGUGCGUCAUAGCUUGUCCGUCCAGUUUAGUCCGGAAUUGGGCGAAUGAGCUUGUGAAGUGGUUAGGCAAGGACGCCAUCAAUCCUUUUGCCAUCGACGGAAAAGCUUCCAAGGAAGAGUUGACGCAGCAGAUUCGGCAGUGGUGCAUUGCCACUGGUCGUGCCGUCGUCAGACCCGUUCUCAUCGUCUCAUACGAAACGCUACGACUCAACGUUGGAGAGCUAGCCAACACGCCUAUUGGCCUUCUGCUGUGCGACGAAGGACACCGCUUGAAGAACGGUGAGAGUCAGACAUUCACCGCGCUCAACGGACUUAACGUCCAGAAGCGAGUCAUCCUAUCUGGCACACCCAUCCAGAAUGAUCUUUCAGAAUACUUCUCUUUGCUCAACUUUGCGAACCCGAACUAUCUUGGCACAAGAAACGAAUUCCGCAAACAGUUCGAGAUCCCCAUCCUGCGUGGUCGCGAUGCGGCAGGCACGGAUGAACAUCGCAAGAAGGGAGAUGAGCGUCUCGCCGAGCUUUUGGCCUUGGUCAAUAAGUUCAUCAUCCGCCGAACCAACGACAUUCUUUCGAAAUACCUCCCAGUUAAGUACGAACACGUCGUCUUCUGUAACCUAUCAUCUUUCCAGAAGGACCUCUACAACCACUUCAUCCAAUCGCCUGACAUCAAAAGCCUCCUGCGUGGAAAAGGCUCGCAACCCCUCAAAGCAAUCGGCAUGCUCAAGAAACUCUGUAACCACCCGGACCUGCUGGACCUUCCUCAGGAUCUCCUGGGCUGCGAAAAUAUCCUGCCAGAAGACUUCGUUCCCAAAGAUGCGCGAGGCCGCGACAGAGACGUCAAAGUCUGGUAUUCGGGCAAAAUGCUCGUCCUAGACCGCAUGCUCGCCAGCAUCCGAGCAGCCACAAAUGACAAGAUAGUCCUCAUCUCGAACUACACGCAGACACUAGACGUCUUCGCGGCGCUGUGCCGCACGCGUGGAUACGGCUGCCUGCGUCUUGACGGCACUAUGAACGUCAGCAAGCGGCAGAAGCUUGUGGACAAGUUCAAUGACCCCGAGGGUCCCGAAUUUGUAUUUCUUCUAUCGUCAAAGGCAGGUGGCUGCGGACUCAAUCUCAUCGGUGCCAACAGGUUAGUGCUGUUCGAUCCGGACUGGAAUCCUGCUGCAGACCAGCAAGCACUCGCCCGUGUAUGGCGCGAUGGCCAAAAGAAAGACUGCUUCGUAUACCGCUUCAUCGCAACCGGUACCAUCGAAGAGAAAAUAUUUCAACGCCAGUCUCACAAACAAUCUCUCUCCUCCUGCGUCGUGGACUCCGCUGAGGAUGUCGAGCGCCACUUCAGUCUCGAUUCUCUCCGCGAGCUAUUCCAGUAUCGCGACAACACUACCUCCGACACGCACGAUACGUUCAAGUGCAAACGGUGCAGGAAGGAGGAUGGAAGGCAGGUGCUCAAGGCACCAGCUAUGCUAUAUGGUGAUACGAGUACGUGGAAUCAUUUUGUAAAUGAUGGGGAGAGUGGGCCGUUGGGCAAGAUUCAGGAUUUGUUGCUUAGACAGGAGACCGCGGAGCAGCAGGUUAGUGCCGUGUUCCAGUAUAUUAGCCAUUAGAUCCGGUUGGGCAUUGCGCGUCGUCGAAUCUUGAUCUUGCGGGGCACCUUGGGGAGGGUUAGUCUUUAGGAGCCAAGAAUUUUGGGCAAGCCUGUAGGUUAUAAGCCUUGCAUUGAUAAAAGGGAAACUUUAAGUUUCAAGGUGCCGGGGCCAGGAGUUCGCUUGUUGCUGGGGCUUUAGUUUAUCACGCGGUGUUACGGUGUAGGGAUGGUGGUGACGAGUAAGCGCUUUUUGGACUAGCAUUAGAGUUGCACUUUAUCCAUCGUCCCUUGUCCCCGGUUCGCGGUGCAGGUAUAAUAUAUACAUUAAACAUAAGAGAAGAGCUAGGUCGUCUGUUUCGGAACUGUUCAUAACCGCUGCAGCCUUGCAGAUCUUCUCCUGUCUCCUUCCUCUUCCAGCCCCUAUCGCAUCACCGCAUCGAACCAUCUUGGGACGGCACCUCCCAUCUACCCUCACAGCAUCACACCCUGGACCUCGUUCUCUGCAUG